AGCCUAGCUCAGAAAUGACCAUGCUGAUCCCUCCCACCUGCCCGCUCCCCCUGGCCCGGCCCUGACGUCAGGGGAAGGCGUGCGGAUGCGUGUGUGUUCGAAGCGCACAUCAUACACACAUCAGAUACCGCAGAUCCAUCAGCAGGCAGCCGGAGGAAGCCCCCCGGAGCCGGGCUGCAGGCGACACCGCUGCUCCUCGCAAGGUAGCGGGGCAGUGUCCGGCCCCGCCGAGCACCGAUGCUCUGCAGAGCGCAGCUCCAAGGAGCCCGUCGCUGCUAAGGAGGUCACCAGCAGUAGACCCGCACGCCCGGGUGUCCUUUCUCCUGCCGCCCGCCCACCUGCCCCCAAAACGGAGGAGCCCGCUGGUCCCACCAUGUCUUCGGACCCCAGCGCCCCGCCAGCGGUGCCACCGCUGCACUCCCCCAAGUCACCAGUGUGGCCCACCUUCCCCUUCCAGCGGGAGGGCAGCCGCAUCUGGGAGCGAGGCAACCUCCUGCUGCGGGACCUGCCCAGCCCCCUCCCCACCAAGAGGACCAGGACCUACUCGGCGACGGCGCGUGCCUCUGCCGGUCCCGUCUUCAAAGGCGUCUGCAAGCAGUUCUCUCGCUCCCAGGGACACGGAUUUAUCACCCCUGAGAAUGGCACAGAGGACAUUUUCGUGCAUGUGUCUGACAUCGAGGGGGAGUACGUCCCGGUGGAGGGGGAUGAGGUGACGUACAAGGUCUGCCCUAUCCCUCCCAAGAACCAGAAGUUCCAGGCGGUGGAGGUGGUCCUCACUAACCUGGCGCCGCACACGAAGCACGAGACAUGGUCUGGCCAGAUCAUCGGCUCCUAGGCGCCUGGAGGGCCGCCAGCCACUCAGCCCCAUGGAGCAAGCCUGCCCGGCCGCUCACAGGGGGCGUGGGGGGAGCCGAGGCGGUGAUGGGGCCGGGGCUGCCCCCAAACUUGCAGGCAUUUGCGUUCAGUGUCUUUUAUAAGGUUACGGUUUCCUUUCUCUGUGUGUGUUUGUAAGUGUCUGUCGAGGGGGACAGGGGAAGCAGAGCCCUCCCUGGCCACCCCCAGCUCUGGGGGCAGCACCGAGCCCCAUGUUCCCUAUUCCUUGCCCCCUGAGGCCAUGGGGAACAGAGUCCUCCAGCUGCCUUGGGCUGAAGCAGGUGCUGAGAGCAGGAGGGGGCACGGGGAGGCUCAUCCUCCUGAAUCCCACUCUGGCAAGAUGGGCAUCCCACUUGGUCUACACUGGGACAUGCCCUGGGGCAGGGGCAAAACAGGGCAGUGUGGGAUGACAGAUCACUGUGCAGGAUCUGGGUGUCUGAGACCCAUCCCCAUCGCUGGCAGCUCACAGCACCCACCUGAGCCACAUCCCUCCAUCAUAAGAUCUCAGGUCACCGGUACCACGAGGAGGUGAGUGACUUAUAGGAAGCAAAGAUUUAGUUUUACAAGACUAACAGCUGCUGGCAGGGCUCUGGGGGCACUUGUUGCUGUGCCUGGGGGGCUGCACUUGGGCAUGGGGCAGGGGGGCACUUGGCACCUCUGUGCUCCCCACCACUGCUGGGCCAGUAGUGCGCUUUUCUUGGCUCGGUGCUGACAUGGUUUUGGGGAGAUGGCCACUUUCUCCUCCUCCCCUUGCCUCCCCAGCCCCCUGGGGACCCCUCUUCCCAUGCGUGCGCGCGUGCGCGUGUGUGUGUGUGUGUGUGCAUGUCUGUAGCUUGCUGGGGUGGUGAGGGGCUGAGGGGUCUGAGUAGCCUCAGCUGUGGGGCAAGCACAGCCACCUCCUCCCCAGCCCCUCAGUGUAGGCAGGGUCUCGUAUACAAAGCACAAACUUAGUUUUUGGUCUUCUCCGCCAUACCCUGGCCAGGUGGGCUCGCACAGCUCCAGGGAGGGACAAGGAUAAUGUGCACUGGGCUGGUCCUGAGCUGAUUCCAGGGGAACAGCACCUGUGCUGAUGCUCUGGGAAUUAUCAGCAUCUUAAAGGAUUUAUUUCAAAGCAGGGUUGGGAACAGUGGGGUGCCAGCAGCCCCCCUGAGCAGGGCAGGAGGUGAUAGCCAACUCCUGGGGCACGUGCUCAGCGGGAGGUGCCAGCACUGCUGGUCCUCAGCAUGGACAGAGGGGGGUGUUUGCCACCUUUCUUGCCACCGCUGUUGUUGAGAGGAAUAAGCGGGGACAGGAGUGGGGCAGGGCUGGUGCCGUGCAGGACAGCUGGGCCUUGUGGAUUUGGGAGGACCACCACAUGCUGCCCUAGACCAGGCUACUGUGGGAACUGCCCUGGGACCCUCUGACCCAUCUCACUGCCAACUCAAAGCCUGGCUCUUCCAGGGGCUGUGGCAACCCUGGCUCAGGCUCCAGGCAUACCCAGGACAUGCAGUCAGCUUGGCCAAGGCAAACUGAUUUUUUCUUUCUCUUUUUUUUUUUUUUUUGAAAUAAACUAAAACCCUAGACUCGUUGUUGUUGGUUUUACAACUCCAGUGUGGUUCCCGCUUGUCUGACCAUGUGUCAACCUUUGUAACAUUGGCAAUAAACCAUUAAAAGUGAGUUUCCCAUGA